CGGCGACUUUUUCCGCGGAUACCUAGAGGAUUAAAGAAUUAUUUUAAGCUCGCGGAGCACGAAGAUGCGGCGUGUUAAAGAUUGCGAGCAAAAAUGCGGCGUAUUUGCGGCGACGUGAAGAUAACGGAGAGUAUGAUUUCCGAUACCAAUGUGCUGACCGAGAGGGGAGCGAGGCGGUGGACGACCUGCGGGGUCGUCCGUCACGCUCGUCUUCGUCUGUUUAUCGUUGUUGUCCGUCGGGGAAUCGGCACUAUCGGCAGUGUUUCGCCAAGUGUAUUGCGAGACGAUCGGAUCGCGAUGAGGCGAGCGGAGCGAGCGACAAGCAUGACCCUGCGAGGGUCCAGGAGGGACUCGGAUGUCGUCCUGUCUAACUUUGGCCACAAGGAACACCUCUUCAAGUUCCUCGUCAUCGGCGAUUACGGCGUCGGCAAAACUGCGCUGGUGAGAAGAUACACGGAAGGGAAGUUCUCCUCGAAUUACAAGAUUACCAUAGGCGCCGAUUUUGCGAUAAAAACGCUCGAUUGGGAUCCGCAAACUAAAAUAAACUUGCAGCUAUGGGACAUCGCCGGUCACGAGCGAUUCGGAUACAUGACGAGGGUCUAUUAUAAAUACGCGGUGGCCGCGGCUCUCGUAUUCGAUAUCUCACGCGCGGCGACCUUCCAGUCGAUGAAGAAGUGGCUGAACGAUCUCAGGGAGAAGGUCAUGCUACCGGACAGCUCGGGCAUACCGGUCGUGCUCCUGGCGAACAAAUGCGACAUAUCGGUCGCCGUGACCGACGAGCAGAUAUCCAAGUUCUGUCGGGAGAACAAGAUAAACGCCUGGUACGCGACUUCCGCAAAGAACAACACCAACGUCGAUGCCGCGAUACGCUAUUUGGUGGACAAGGUGCUGAGCGCGAGAAUCGACAACGGCAUACAUGACUCGAUCCGAUUGCGGCGCGAGAGCUCGUCGAAUCGCGAAAAAUCCAUCUGCUGCAAAUAAAACGAUGCGUGCGUACGUGGCUGAUCAUUUGAAAAUUGUCGAGGGUGCACGUAAGUCAACGUGAACGAGAUAAUCGGGAGAUCAUCGAGCACGAUUGCAACGGCAAAAUGAAGCUACGAAAAUAUAUCGUUAAAAGAUUUACAUAUUGCGGUACAUUUGUUUUAUGCGAUAAAUUAUCAUUACCGGCGUAAUUGUUAUCAUUUACUGAUGUGUCACAGUGUUCUAUUAAUGAAUUUACGUAUUACACAACAAAUUACACACGUAAUAACAAGUAUCACGACGUACUAAGAUUUUCCCCUUAAUUAAAUCUGAAAUAAUAGUAUUUGUGAAAAGUAACAAGCUAUAAGAAACUUUUCACAUUUUCCGAAAUGACAAGGAAGUGAAAAAUGCCGUUGCCAACGAUGCCCGACAUUUGCGUCUCUAUCACAAACGUAUAAUUUUAUUCCCAAAAGAGUAUUUAUAACAACGUAAUUUCCAAUAACUGAAAAGGAAAAUAUAACCAUCGCAAGACUUGCCUUUCAAAUGUA